UUCUUCCUCCCUCCAGCCCCCAGACCCACAAAACCCCAACCCAAGCUCGCAGUGGCCACCACCAUGGCGCCACCCGCCAUGGCGUGCCAAGCUCUCACCUACGCGCCCCUCCCCCUCCACCUACCAACCGCGCGGCGCCGUGUCCGGGUCCGCGUUCUCGCCGUAGCCGCCGACCAGACUCCUGCCCCACAGGCCUCCCCAUCUUCCGAGCCGGCGAACAGCCCGAGCCGGCUCCUCCGGGAGCUCGCGGAACGAAAGAAGGCUGUAUCCCCGAAAAAGAAGCACCCGCCGCGCCGCUUCAUCCUGAAGCCGCCGCUCGACGACGAGCGCCUCACCCAGCGGUUCCUCAGCAGCCCGCAGCUGUCGCUCAAGUCGCUCCCGCUCCUCUCCUCCUGCCUCCCCUCCUCGCCGCUCUCCGCCGCCGACCGGACCUGGAUGGACGAGUACCUCCUCGAGGCCAAGCAGGCGCUCGGCUACCCGCUGGCUCCCUCGGAGACGCUCGGCGACGGCGACGACUGCCCCGCGCGGCACUUCGACGUCCUGCUCUACCUCGCCUUCCAGCACCUGGACCCCUCCUGCGAGCGCACGCGGACGCGCCACGUGCGGAAUGGCCACUCUAGGCUGUGGUUCCUGGGCCAGUUCGUCUUGGAGCUUGCGUUCUCCGAGUUCUUCCUGCAGAGAUACCCCAGGGAAUCCCCUGGACCGAUGCGAGAGAGGGUGUUCGCAUUGAUUGGGAAGAGGAUGCUACCAAGAUGGCUCAAAGCGGCAAGCCUGCAUAAUUUGGUGUUUCCGUAUGACAAUUUGGAUCGGAUGAUACGGAAAGACCGGGAACCACCGACCAAGGCUGUAUUCUGGGCACUGUUUGGAGCUAUAUAUUUGUGCUUUGGAAUGCCUGAAGUCUAUCGUGUUCUUUUUGAGGCGUUUGGGAUGGACCCUGAAGAAGAGAGCUGUCAGCCAAAACUGCGGCGCCAACUAGAAGAUGUUGAUUACGUUUCUGUGGAAUUUGAAAAGAGACAACUCACGUGGCAAGAUGUUGCUGCCUACAGGCCACCAGCGGAUGCUCUUUUUGCUCAUCCCAGGCUUUUCCGAGCAUGCGUGCCACCAGGAAUGCAUCGUUUCAGAGGAAAUAUUUGGGACUUUGACAAUAGACCCAAAGUCAUGAACAUCCUAGGAUAUCCCUUGCCUAUGAAUGAUAGAAUUCCGGAAAUCACGGAAGCGAGGAAUAUAGAACUUGGACUUGGUCUUCAGUUGUGCUUCCUGCAUCCCUCAAAGCAUAAGUUUGAGCAUCCAAGAUUUUGUUUCGAGCGUCUUGAAUACGUUGGACAGAAGAUUCAGGAUCUUGUAUUGGCAGAGAGGUUGCUCAUGAAGCACCUUGACGCACCCGGCAGGUGGUUGGGGGAGAAACAUAGGAGGAUGUUGAUGAACAAGUAUUGCGGACGGUACCUGCGGGAUAAGCACCUUCACCACUACAUUAUUUACGGGGAGUCUGUACAAGACAGAUUCGAACACAACCGCCGGCUAAGAAAUCCUUCCACGACUGCUGUCCAGCAAGCGAUACAUGGCCUUGCGUACUGUGUCUAUGGCAAACCUGAUGUGCGACGCUUGAUGUUUGAGGUGUUUGACUUUGAACAAGUCCAGCCGAAAGCUAUAUGAAGAUGUGCUCCAUCCAUUUUGCGCUUGCUUGCUGAGCAGCGAGAUUGCCAGCACUUGAGAAGAUGCAGAAUCGUCAAAAUACAACACAGAUCAUACUGUUCCGAAGUCUGAACCAGAGUCAGACUGUGGAUUAAACGCUGCCCAUCCGGUCUUUUUCCGAGCCCACAACUCUUUUAAUCUCUUUGUCUACUGGAUAGCAAGCUGGAUCAGAGAUGAUGUAAAAUCGAAGUGUAGAUUUUGGAAGUUACAGUUUUGACAGCUGGCUGGCUGUCAAUCCCAUUUGAGCAGAAAAAGCAAACAGCAGCAGCAGCAAGAAAUAGAGUAUCCGUUAGAAACAUGCUUUGUAGAGGAAGAUGUCAAUGUACGAAUAGCGUGUAUUGGUGGUGUCGUCUGUUAUAUGAAACUCUUUUGCAGCUACGAAUGUUUCCUUUGUUUUA